AGGUUAUUAACCACGUGUUGGCGCGCACCGCUUAAUGUGUUUUUCUCCGAAUAACCAGCCAAGACUCCAGAAGUUUUCAAAUAAGGGAAAAAUGGCGUCCCGAGCACAAAAAAUCUUAAAUCUAGUGAGAGAACAAGAAAAAAAUAAAUCAGCUCUCGAAGAACUUGAUAAUACAGUACAAACUGAUUCCCAAACAGUUGUACCAGCAGUACCAAGCACCUUACCAGAAAGAUAUGAUGAACACAUAAGCACCUUUAACGGAUUUGAUAUCAACAGUAUGGAGAUCGUAUUGGCUGAUGAUGUCCUUGAAAUAGAUGAAGCUGAGUUCAAUCUUCCGCCAGCUGAGCUAGGAAUAAAUGUUUGUGGUUUAGAGGAUAAAGACUUAGAUCUUCGCCAUCGUGAUCAAGAUCAGCCAACCGCUGGAAGUCAUGGCAAUUUUAGUAGCAGUAGUAAUGAAAGCGAUCUUGACAGUGAUUCCGUUCCAGAUAAUGUCUAUGCUGUAGAGGAUGAUAGCUUCGAUGAUAAUGCUAUCGAAAGUGAUAAAGAAAAUAGCGCAGCUGAAAAUCAUCCUGAAGGACAGCCGACUGUCAAUGAUCAUCAAAACUUAAUAAUGAGACUAAUUGGGGUGACACGAAUGAAGGACGAAAAAUAAAAAUUACAGCAGACAAAGAUG